UCUCUUUGACCUGACCUUUGGGAGGUCUUUGAUUGUGCCGAAUUUUAAUAUCCUGAUGCGGGGACUCGUACUUGCAAGUGAGAGAUUUAGCUCUCACUUGGUGGUUCCCUCAUGUGGUCGCAAUCGGUCCACCCAAUUCGCUCUUUGCCUGGGGCCCACUCGACUGAUGCCCACCCGUGAUUCCACUCAGUGGAGGUCCAACUCCCAUACUCCCAAUCCCUCGUGGAAUGCGAAUGAAGCUCGCAGAUUUACAAAUCCUCGAUUGAGCACGACCAGUAUCCUUGAGGGUAGUAGCCAUUAUGACCGUGUUCAUCAAAUCGCCGACUCGGUACAAAGCAUCGACGAGGAGGAUCUGAGUGUACGGAAAGCGGCAUUCUAUGCAAUCAUCCAAGAUGGUCAACCGGACCAAGUCAUGGACGCUUUGCUUGACCCUCGCUUCGAAGAGCUGGUUGGAUCGAUGCCUCAGAGUGUGUUCGUGGAAGUCUUUGACUUAUUAUCUCCAGCUUACUUUGUGAUCCCCUAUCGCGAUAUCCACCGGCCGAUCCAUCCAAGUGCCGCGAAACUCAAACGAUAUGAAUCGCUGGAUUCAAUCUUCGAUGAGUUCGCUAAUAAUUUGGCUACGGUAGUCCAGAUUCGACGGUCGGCUGGUUGCGCCCUCGGUCUGGCUGAGUACACCCACCUUCUUGAUUGUGCACGGUCCAUUGGAGACGCUCUAAUGGCCGACUACAUAUGGCAUAGUAUGACAGAAGACGAGGUCGUUCCGGACGUUACAUGCUACAAUUACUACAUGGAGGCUAAAGUUUGGGACAAAGCUUACACCGGCCGAGAGAAGUAUCACCUGAGAAUGACGCCUUUUGCUUAUCGGCACAGAAGGUUCUUCCACCCAAAUGUCGGCUGGCAAGGCCAUCGUACUGCUAAACAGAGUGUACGAAAAGAAGUGCUGCAAAUAUUCAAUGAAAUGACCGAACUGGGGUACCAGAGCGAUGAGACUACUUUUAUCAACGUGAUGCUGGCGUCCAGCCGUGUGGGCCAUGUUCAGGGAGUGAAGAACAUCCUCAAGGUUGCUUGGAACGUCGAUAUUGAUGCGCUGUCGACAGAAGAUCCGUCUAGUUUACCUCCAGCCACUAGCUACGAUCGAUCAUCUCCUUUAUACCCUUCAAGUCGUCUCCUAUUUGCAAUCGCUCAUGCUUUCGGCACGAAUAAUGACAUUUCUGCUGCACUUCGGGCAAUUGAGUUCAUCUCAAGCUCGUAUGAUAUUCCUGUACCGGAGAAAGUCUGGCUUGAACUUCUUGAACGAUCGUUUGUCUUAUCACGGCCCAGGUUCGGCCCUGACGCACAGCGGAAUGCGAAAGGCAAAGUCUCUCGCGAGUUUGUCAAGGGUGUGUUCGAAAUAAUGACGUCGAGCACCUUCAAUGUACGUCCCACAGUCGAAGUGCAUCGUGUUCUUGCCAAGACAGCAUGGGAUCAAGCCAGGUUGUCGGAAUUCCAACGCCAUAUGUGUGCUGCUUAUGAACUUUUGCGAGAGACUCGGAAGAAACGGAGAACUGCAAGAAUGAUCAUUGAAUCUUACCUAGGAGGUUCUUCCCGGCGUAGAUCGCGGAUCGAUACAACGGCAAUUAAGUCACAGGCGUUCGCCCAGGCAGUACAUACAUAUGAUGUUCUUCGAUUGCGCGUCGCCCAGCAAACUAUCACCAUGGAAGGCCUCGCGAGGCUCCUCGUGAUGCACAAGCGGUGGACCGGUCGUGAUAAUCCGGUGUGGGAACGCUGUCUCUUUCCUCAAGUGCUUGAAGAAUGGCAGGAUUUCCUCCCACAAUGCUUCGGGUACAGCACUAAGAGUGGCGGAGUCGAGUUCCUAGGCGAGACGCACUGGGGUCAGCCAAGCUUGACGCUUCACAAUAGGGUACAGGUCCGUCGGCCUACCGCGGUGAACGGUGUUGAGCUGGACGAGGAAGCCACGCAGAUUGAGGAUGAUUUCAUCUGGGCGCGAUACCUACGCUGCAAUCCUGAUCUCGACCUAGAAUUUGCGCCGUUAAAACGUCUAUUCUCCGGUGUAAGGGGAAGAGCUACUCGCAGAUAUUAUACCGUCAAUAAGGAGCAUAUUACUCAGGCGGAAAAGCUAGGCUGUGAGGCGGGGGAACUUCCUAAUCUCCCAGAAGGAGAAUAUGCAGGAACGCCAUCGGAUUCACAAAAGCAGAAGGAUGGAGAAACACCCGGUGUUAUACCCGGAAACUUCGGCCUGGUUUUCUCAUAAGUCUCAUUUCCACCUCAUUUCCUAGACUAUAUUUCUUCUCUUUCCGUUUUUAUGUUUGACCCCCCUUUCCUUUUCACUUCUCUUCGGUUCCACCUAUGCCCUGAAUGACCCACACAAUGAACUGCUUAACUCAAUCAGUUAUGAAUUUUCUGGUACGUAAGUAUGUUGUUGCAUCGGCCGCAUACAUACCCUGUCCAUAGCAUCUAAUAGCAAUGAAAACAAUCUUUUUUGACAAG